CCUCAAACAGACAAAAAGAUUCGCGUCCACUUGUACUCCUGGCUAGUGCACUGGAACAUCACCAUUGGUAGAGCGGCUUCCAAGCACGACGAAGAAAAUUCAUCCUGGCUCAGAUCAGAUGAGUCAGUAACCGGGGACGUAUAUCUAUACCACCCCUUCACGUUCAGUCACAUAUCACAUCAAUCAUGCCUGCCGACCAAAAAGACGUCCGCCCAGACCCCACGUCUGACCUUCACUGGUCGGACUAUCGAGGAGCAAUCCAUGAGAUCUUUGCAGCCAAUGCGAAACAGCACCCAGAACGAUCAUGUGUCAUUGAAACGGCAUCUUCAACAUCACCUGAACGCGUCUUUAGCUACAAGACAAUCAACGAAUCAUCGAAUGUUUUGGCACAUCAUCUUGUCAGCAAUGGCAUCCAGCGCGGCGAAGUGGUCAUGGUCUAUGCCUACCGAGGCGUGGAUUUGGUCGUAGCUGUCAUGGGUGUGCUCAAGGCGGGCGCGACGUUCAGUGUCAUCGAUCCCGCGUACCCAGCUGACAGGCAAAACAUCUAUCUGGAGGUUGCUCAACCACGGGCCCUGGUCUGCAUUGAAAAAGCGAAACAGGAAGCUGGAGAACUUGCGCCUCUUGUCAGGAACUACAUCAGCACGAACCUCAACCUCAGAACGGAAGUGCCCGGAUUGAUGCUGCAUGACGAUGGAUCAGUGACGGGAGGCUCCCUUCAGGGUGGCGAAGACUGUCUCCAAGCUCAGCAAGCCUUGAAAGAAGAGCUGCCCGGCGUCCUUGUCGGACCUGAUAGCACUCCCACAUUGUCCUUUACAUCUGGCUCUGAAGGACGACCAAAAGGUGUCAAGGGCAGACACUUCUCAUUGGCCUACUACUUCCCUUGGAUGUCCAAGCGCUUCAAUCUUACAGACAAGGAGCGUUUCUCCAUGUUGAGUGGCAUUGCGCACGAUCCGAUUCAGCGUGACAUCUUCACCCCUCUGUUUCUUGGCGCCAGCUUGAUCGUGCCUCCGGCUGAAGACAUCACAUUCGACAGACUGGCCAAUUGGGCAAGCACCAAUGAGAUUUCAGUAAUGCAUCUUACUCCUGCCAUGGGCCAAAUCUUGCUCGGUAGUCUGGAGCCGAAGAUUACAAGUCUACAUGGAGCAUUCUUCGUCGGAGAUAUCCUGCUCAAGCGCGAUUGUCGACGGCUGCAACAACUUGCCCCGAACUGCAGAAUCAAAAACAUGUACGGGACGACCGAGACCCAACGUGCGGUCAGCUUCUACGAAAUCCCAUCUGCCAAUGAAGACUCGAGCUACCUGGACAAGAUGGGAGAUGUGAUUCCUGCUGGAACAGGUAUGAUGGAUGUCCAGCUUCUCGUGGUAGAUCGUGAGAAGAAGGAAAGACAGUGCGAAGUGGGAGAGAUUGGAGAGAUCUACGUCCGCGCAGGUGGUUUGGCAGAAGAGUACCUUGGCGAUCCCGAGAAGAAUUCCCAGAAAUUCGUUUCCAACUGGUUCGUCGACCCGAAAAAGUGGCUAGAGGAGGACCAAAAGCGUGUCGAGGCAGCUGGACAGCCCGAGCCGUGGAGAGAACACUACAAGGGCCCACGAGACCGCAUGUACAGGUCUGGCGACUUGGGAAGGUACAUGCAGGAUGGUAAUGUGGAGUGUGUCGGUCGUGCGGACGACCAAGUCAAGAUUCGUGGUUUCAGAAUCGAGCUUGGAGAAAUCGAUACUCACCUCAGCCAGCACCCACUCAUUCGCGAAAAUGUCACGUUGGUCAGGCGCGAUCAUCAAGAAGAACAGAUUCUGGUCUCAUACUACGUGCCCGAUAUGGUCAAGUGGAGAGAAUGGUACGCUGAGCAGGAAGAAGCUGCAGGCAAACAGCCCAUCACGAAUGGAGGGCUUCGACCUCGGAGACGAGAGUCGGCCAAGGAGACUCAUGGCAUUGCUCAACGCAUGAAGAUAUUUGACCUCCUUACACAGGAUGCUCGCCAAAGGCUGAAGCAGAAGCUGCCCACCUAUGCAGUACCAACACUAUUCAUACCAAUGCUGCGACUACCAUUGAACCCCAAUGGCAAGGUCGACAAGAGAGCGUUGCCAUUCCCCGAACGUGCGGACUUGCUCGGUUCUUUGCCAGAAGCUACAGACUUGGAAAAGCGAACAGAUACCGAGAAAGAGCUGGCCAAGAUCUGGGCGGAGCACCUCAAGACUCGCAACCAUACUUCAGAGACACUGCCUCGAGACACGAGCUUCUAUGAUCUCGGGGGCGACAGCAUUAUGACAGUACAGAUUGUGCCCAAGAUCAAUCGUAAGUGGCAAGGCAUCAAUGUUCCCAUGUCGAUCAUGGCUUCUGGGCAGCCCACACUCGAGAAGGUGGCAAAGUAUAUCGACAGAUCAAUCAACCCAACCAGUCUUCGUCUGGAUGCUGCCGAGGAUGAUGAGGAAGUCGAGCAAACACUCCACUACGCCAACGACUUGCCAAACCAGAUCUCACAACUACCCCAGACGAUUUCUGGAGGCCCAAUGAGAAGCGCGGAGAAGGGCGUCAACAUCUUUCUCACUGGUGCCACCGGUUUUCUGGGUGCAUACGUGCUGAGCGACGCUUUGAUGCGUAACACUCCCAAUCAUGUCUAUGCCCACGUCCGUGCUCCAUCACAGGCCGAAGGCCUUGAGCGAAUCCGCAGAACGUGCACUGCCUACGGCCUUUGGCAAGACUCGUGGGCAACGGAAGGAAAGCUGGAAGUUGUCAUCGGAGACCUAGAGAAGCCCAAGCUUGGACUCAGCGACGCUGACUACAAGAAAGUGGCCGAAGAGGCUGAUCUUGUCAUCCACAAUGGCGCUCGGGUGCAUUGGCUCAUGCCAUACGAAAGCCUUCGAGCUGCGAAUGUCACGAGUACAAUCGAAGCGAUCAAACUGUGCGCCAGCGGCAAGAGCAAGCGAUUGACAUUCAUUAGCUCGACGAGUGCUGUCGACACUGAACAUUACGUGCAGCAAUCUGAUGCUGGGCAGCCUAUUCUCGAGAGCGAUCCGCUCGAAGGGAGUCGACAAGGACUCGGCACCGGAUAUGGUCAGUCGAAAUGGGUAUCUGAACAAAUCAUCCGCGAAGCCGGGACACGCGGUCUCAACGCGGUCAUUGUACGGUCUGGCUACGUGAUGGGCGAUCCGAAGACGGGAGUUUCCAACACCGAUGACUUUCUCGUGCGUAUGCUCAAGGGUUGUGUUCAAGUUGGGGCUCGACCAGACAUGGAAAACACCAUCAACAUGGUUCCCGUCACGAGAGUUGCGAGACUCAUCACGGCGGCGUCGUUCCAUGGCGAGCCCGGCUCAGUCGCAUUUGUUGACGCACAUCCUCGGCCCACAUUCAACGAGUAUCUGGGAGCGCUGGAGAAGUAUGGGUACGACAGCCCUGUGGAGUCGUACUCCACGUGGGCACGAAAGAUUGAGGCAUACGUCGAAGCAGGACAUGAAGGUCCGGACGAGCUCGCACUCUUGGGACUCUACCACAUGGUCACGGGCGAUUUGCCCGCAGCGACCAAGGCUCCGAAUGUGGAUGAUCGCAAGGCACAGGCUGCAUUGAGAGCCGAUGCUACAGUUGGGGGAAUAGAAACUCCGGCAACGGUGACUCCAGAGGCGACAGGUGCCUAUUUAUCCUUUCUUGUAGCUCGAGACUUCAUGGCGGCACCGACGAAGAAGGAGGCCACGCCUCUGCCCCAGAUUGAGCUCAGCAAGAUGCAAGUCGAAGCGUUGAACAGGGUAGGUGGUCGCGGAGGUUCAUGAUUGCAGGCGAGGAUGACAACAUGGUCGAUCCAUACGAUCAUACCUAGAUAAGGUACCUCCUAGGUAGAUGUAGAGAUGGAAAAUAUGAUGGCUACCAGAAAAGCGGGGCGUCUUGGGCAGAGAAGAAAUAAAAAGAAAAUUACAAAUACACACGCGAU